CCGCACACCCACACCGCCAUCCUCCUCCACGGCCGCGGCAGCACAGCCAAAGAGUUCGCAGAUGACCUCUUAACCCUACCACUCGCCAACGGCCAAACAUUACCUGACAGGCUUCCCAGCUGGCGGCUGGUAUUCCCCUCCGCCCGCGAGGUCUGGAGCCCCGUCUUCCAGGAAUUCAUCCCGGCAUGGUUCGAGGACGCACCCUCCUCCUCCUCCUCCUCACUCGCUGACCCGACCUUGUCACUGCAGGAAGGGGAGGGCGCACACGACGAACACCACCUGCAGGCCAGCUCGCUCCAAGAGUCAGUGCGUCGCCUCAGCGGCAUACUCGACGACGAGAUUGCGCUGCUGGGUGGGGAUGCGGGACGGGUUGCUCUCGUGGGGAUCAGCCAGGGGGCGGCGGUUGGCUUGUGGACGCUGCUGGGGUCGGGCCGGGCUGACAGGGUACUUGGAGGGUUUGUUGGGGCGAGUGGGUGGUUGCCAUUUGCAAAGGAUGUCUCGCGGUCUUUGAAUUUCUUCUCGGGCCUUCUUUCCCCUGCCUCAACGAGUUCAGGGAAUGUACUCUCGACUCCGGUAUUACUGUGUCAUGGGACGGACGACGCCUAUGUGGAUAUCGAUCUAGGUAGGGCGGCGAGGGCAGUCCUCACCGGGCUAGGGAUGAAAGUCGAGUGGAGAGAGUAUUCUGGGGCUGAGCAGGAGGGCCAUUGGUUUAAGGAGCCUGAGGAGAUUGAUGACGUUGUUAACUUUUUG